ACAGUGAGGCGGUUGUGGAGAGACAGCUUCUCCUGGAUGAAUGGCGGGGGGUGCGGGUGCAGUGGCAGGUGACAUUUGAUCGCCGCCUGCUCGACGACGUCGUUUUCCCCCAGCGGAAUUCACGAUGGCCCAGGCUUGGCGCGCGCGGAACCCUGGCACGCCCUGGAAAGCAGCUCCACCACCCUCAGCGCCCCACGGCCUCUCCUCGCUCCCCAAUCCACCCCCGACACCUCGACAUAGUCCAUCGCUAUGGCCUCCGACUCCGCAGCCCUGCUCGAGGGCCAGCUGCACGCUGCCACACACCCAGAGUCCGCCGACACCACACAGAAGCCGGCCGUGAAGCGAUCAUGGAGGCGCAAGUACCGCAAGAUGCGCGCAAAGUUCGAGGACACAAUGAACACGAGUAACACGCUGAUCAAAGACGAGUACAAGGCCAUCGCUCUGGCGCGCCGGCUGCAGGAGCAGAAUGACCAGAUCCUCGACGUGCUCCUGGACAUGAAUGAGGCCACGCGCCUGCCUGCGCACCUUAGAUUCGAUCUGCGCCAUCUCUCCGAAAGCGACCCAGCUGUUUCCUCCCGUGAAGCUGACGCCGAUCCCGAUGCCGUCCAGCGGCGCAUAGUCGACCUGCGAGAGGAAUUGGUGGCCGGCCUCAUCACGCCCGAGCAGUUCGCACAGAAAGUAGAUCAGCUUCACGCCGCGCAGCCUGUGAUACCCAAGCGCACACUUGCCAGCCUCGAGGCAAAUACACCCUACUCAACGGAGGUCCCCGUUCCGGCGCCAGAAGGCAUAAUACUCGGUGAACAUGCUCCCGGAUACAUGUCACCAGUCCACGAAGAAGAGUACCUUCUUGCAAUCGAUGCCGUUCUCGAAAACCCGGCGGCAUACGACCCCAAUGCCCACGACGGGCGACCGCUCCGCAUCCCCCCAACCCACCCCAUCCCAAAUGACAAAGAGCUCUCGUUGCGGAACCCCGACAGCGUCUACAAUUGGCUCAGGAAAAAUCAACCACAAGUCUUCCUCCAAGACAAAGACCCACAUCAUCCCGAGAACCUGUCAGAGAAGUCAUCAGCUCGGCCAGGGAAUGUGCCUGGUCGAGGAGGCAAGCGUCCGUCCGCAGUUUCUACCAGCACACCUGGCCCGAAAACCGAACAGGAUGCAUUAGACGAGGAAAUAGGCUUCAUUCCCGAGACAGGUACAGGAAGCACAAAGCGCAGGCGAGGAGGCGACAAGGACGACGAUCCUGCAUACAGACCCAAGGGAGGCGCGAGUCGGCCAGCAAAGAGAAAGAGGGAAGAUGGAGAUCCUGUAGGGAAGGGGGGAAGGAAGAAGGCCAACAGGGCUAGCGGCGGAAUCACCACGAACUGAUCAUGUUGAUGGGAGAGAGGUAAGAUGAGGUAAGCCUGUAAGAUUUAUCCCUUGGCAUUGUUCAAAUCUUUAUACUGGGAGUAUGGGUUCGACUGGGCUGGGGCUAUAUGGAGCCAAAGCGCUUGCGUCUUCACAGAGACGUUGGCAUGGCUCAGUAGUGACAGAAAUAUGUACUAUCACAUAGGGAUGGCACAG